AUGUUAUACUUGAUUGGAUUAGGUUUGUCAUAUGAAAGUGAUAUCACUGUUCGUGGGUUAGAAACAAUUAAAAAAUGUAAAAGAGUUUAUUUAGAAGCUUAUACAUCGAUCUUAAUGGCCGCCAACCAAGAAUCAUUGGAGGCUUUCUAUGGACGUGAAAUUAUAUUAGCAGACAGAGAAUUAGUAGAGGGUGGGUCUGAUAAAAUCUUAGAAAAUGCUGACGAGGAUGAUGUAGCCUUUUUGGUUGUUGGUGACCCGUUUGGUGCAACAACGCAUACAGAUUUAAUCAUCAGGGCGAGAGAAUUAAACAUCAAGGUUGAGGCAAUUCAUAACGCAUCUGUCAUGAAUGCUGUCGGAGCAUGUGGUUUACAAUUGUACCAAUUUGGUCAAACUGUUUCCUUGGUAUUUUUCACAGAAACAUGGAAGCCGGACUCGUUUUACAAUAAAAUCAUGGAAAAUAGAAGAAUUGGCUUGCAUACAUUACUUUUGUUAGAUAUCAAAGUCAAGGAGCAGAGUAUUGAAAAUAUGGCGAGGGGAAAGUUGAUAUAUGAGCCUCCAAGAUAUAUGAAUAUAGAAACGGCGGCCAGUCAAUUAUUAGAAAUUGAAGAAAUGAGACAAGAAAAGGCCUAUACUCCAAAUACGCCAUGUGUAGCUAUUUCUAGAUUGGGGUCUCCUGAACAGACUUUUAAGGCUGGUACUUUACAAGAAUUAUCCGAGUAUGAUUCUGGUGAACCAUUACAUUCAUUGGUUAUGUUAGGUAGACAAGUUCAUGAUUUAGAAUUGGAAUACCUAUAUGAAUAUGUCGAUAAUAAAGAACAAUUCAAAAAGUUUGUGGAAGAAGAUCAAGAAUUUUUCAAACCUCCUCCAUAUGUUCCUCCAGAAGAUGAAAAUUUAAGCGAAUAA